AUGACAUUUAAAGACUCAUUGCUGAAAUGGUAUCCAACUCUUAGACAUGUAGAAGACUAUCCAGAAGAUAUUGGUGCUGAAAUUUCAAAUAAAGAUCAAAUCGCUGGUAAUAAUGAUCAAAAAUUAGAUAUUGAUGCAUCGGUGUUAUCUGUUGAUACCGACAAUGAUUCUACUCCCGUUGAAUAUAGAGAUGAAGCAAAUAGACCUUGGUGGAAAUUUUUCGAUGAAUAUGAAUAUAGGUAUAAUAGAUAUGAAACUAAAAGACAUAAAUGGUGGUUAUGGUUUGAAGAAGGUACUUCUAAAGAAGAGAAAAAACUGUUAUUUAAAUUAGAUAUCUUAGUUGCAGGUUAUGUUUUCAUGGUUUAUUGGGUUAAAUCUUUAGAUUCUUCAAAUAUUUCAAAUGCUUAUGUUUCCAAUAUGAAGGAAGAUUUAAAUUUUCAAGGUAAUGACUAUGUUAAUACCGUUACUGUUUUCAAUGUUUCGAGUGUUAUUUUCCAAAUACCUGCAAUGUAUUUAUUUCCAAGAUUCCCAUUACAUUUAUAUUUCCCAAUAUUAGAUGCUGGUUGGGGGUUAUUUACAUUAUUUUCCUAUAAAGUUCAAAAUGUUGGUCAAAUUCAAGCAAUGAGAUUCUUUGUUGGUGCUUUUGAAUCUGGAUUUUAUGCUGCUGUUCAUUAUAUUUUGGUAUCAUCGUCAGGUUUAUUCCAAGCUGCGGUGUUUAGAAAUCUAGAUGGUGCUAAUGGAUUAGCAGGUUGGAGAUGGAUGUUUAUUGUUGAUGCUGUUUGUACAUUACCAUUAGCAUUAAUUGGAUUUUUAUUUGUACCUGGAACACCAUAUUCAUGUUAUUCAAUUUGGUUAACAGAUGAUGAAAUUAGAUUAGCUAGAAGAAGAUUGAAGAAAGCAAAUAUAACACCACCAAGUGCCAAACCACCAAAUUUCUUAGAUAAAGAUCUUUGGAAACGUGUAUUGAAGACAUGGAAGCUUUAUGUUUUAACUUUAUUUAGUAUUGGAUGUUGGAAUAGCUCAACAACUGCUGGAUCUGGUUAUAUCUUGUGGUUAAAAUCUUUGAAAAGAUAUAGUAUUCCACAAGUUAAUGAUUUAUCUAUUAUUGCUCCUUUAAUUGGUAUCAUUCUUAUUACAUUGGUUUGUGGUGGUGCAGAUGUAUUUAGAUCAAGAUCAGGUGCAAUCAUUUGCUCUUCUAUUUUAAAUUUUGUUUCUUGUUUAAUCUUAUUGAUUUGGGAUGUACCAGAGGGCGCAAAAUGGUUUGGUUUUGCAAUAUUAUAUGCUGGAUGGGCAUCUGCUUCAGUUAUAUAUAGUUUCUGUAAUGAUAUUUUAAGAAAAGAUCCUCAAGAAAGAGCAAUCACAUUCAUUUUAUUAUAUUCAAUUUCUCAAUCAACCAAUGUUUGGAUUGUCAAAUUGAUUUGGCCAACUGUUGAUGCACCAAGAUAUACUGUUGGUUAUGGUACUACGUUAGCUUUUGUUUUUUAUUUGAUUAUUGUCACUUUAAUCACCUUAUACUAUUAUAAAAGAGAUGAAGAAAGAAUAGCUAGAGAAAAUGGUAUUGUUUUAUACAAUUCACAAACUGGAGAUAUUCCACCAGAAGUGAAAGCACAUUUGAAUAAAACACAGGGAACUGAGCUAACUAAUUAG